AUGGAAGGUGGUCAGCCGGUCGCUGAAGUUCGUUCAUAUUCACCUAAUAAAUGUGGCGAAGUGGUUAACGGCAGUAUGCACUCAAGUUCAACGUCGGACUCAGACUACGAAUACCGCAAGAGGAAUAGCUAUUGUCUUAGUUGUCAAAGACGACCUAAAGCAUCAUUGAAAUUUAUAUUAACUAUAUGGUACUCUCCAGAGACUAGUUCGGCUAUAGCCGAAGCAAUGUCAUCUACCUAUACGGAAGUACAAUUACAAGAAAUAGUCUCCAGUUCAACCAAAGAUAUUUUACAGUUAGCUGAGAAACAUUUUGCUGAUCUCAGAAUAUAAUAAUAUCCCGGGUCAGUUAUUUUAUUCCUCUUUUUCUUCUUCACAUUUCUUCUUUCCUUUUCGUUUUCUUCAUUCUCUUCUUUCAUACGAGAUUUUUUAAAUCACUUCCAAUCAGUUCAUUAUAAAACUGUAUAUUUUGUUAAUUAUACACUUUGUGUGCUUCUGUGAAGAUAAAUUUAUAUAGAAGUGAUGUUUGUUUAAUGUGUACAUAGACUCUUUCCAUCAAUAUUAAUAAUUGAGAUAAUAAUAAUUCGAACUGCUUCUCCUAUUCUUAUAUUAUCAACACGUACAAUAUGUGUAGCAAUAAAAUAAAUGAACAGUGUUAUGUAUUGUUAUUUACCCAAUUGUUGGGAUUAU